AUGUCAUCACAAAUAACGGCUAAAAAUGCUUUGGCAAGAACACCUGCUCGCCAAGGUGAUGCACUACUCUUCAGCCCAGUCAGUUAUUCGCCAAUCACUGGCACACCACGCACCCACAAUGCCACAGCAGGCUCUGGCAAGAUCGUUUACACUUUUGGCAAUCCAACGCUUAUCGGCACCGCAAAAUGGGCAUCCACACAGCAAAAGAAAAUCCAAGUUAAGCAAUUGCUACAGCACAACGGUGAGACACUGGAUGGACUAUCCAAUUACAUGUACGAUUGUCUGCGGGAGAGGUGUGAUAUCGCAGCUGAUCGCAUUUUUCACAUCGGCAAAGAUUUGUGUAAAAAGGUGUUUGGCACAAAUUCGGACGAUUACGAGCUGAGUCAAGUGGACGAACAUUCACAGGAUUUGACAAAAACAAUUGGUACAAUUUGCUGUGAUCACGAAGGUCCAUUGGAUCCCUCUUCGACUAUGCUAGCUGGCACUGAUGAGGCUCGCUGCUUAACUGUACGUUUGAAUUUCUCUAAGGCUAAGUCGGUAGCAGUUUUCCCCGGUCAAAUUGCAAUCGUUUCUGGCAAAAAUCCUAAAGGCGAUACUUUCAUUGUAGAUGAAGUAUUGGCCGAGCGGCAACUCAGCCCACCUACACCUCCAAAACUUACAGAUCCAUUGAGUUUUGUCAUCGCUGCCGGUCCGUACACACACUACGAUGAUCUUGUAUAUGAGCCACUGCAUGAUUUGAUUGCGUACUUAAAGGAUCACAAGCCGGAUGUGUUGGUGCUGACUGGACCUUUUUUAGAUGCGGAGCACAAAUUGAUCAACGAGAAUGUAACAUUGGCCGAAUCUUUUGAGUCCUUUUUUGAGAAAAUGAUUGCAAGCAUCGUGGAUGCUAUUGGGACUAUGACAAAAAUUUUAGUUGUCACAUCACAUAGAGACGCCAAUGCUGAACCUGUCUAUCCCACAAUGUCGAUUUCUUUACGAAGGACAUAUCCGAAUGUGCACGUCUUACCAGAUCCCUCGAUGAUCGAUUUAAAUGGCAUCGUUGUAGGAAUGACGUCAACAGAUAUAAUGCAGCAUAUAAUUUCUAACGAGUUGGCAUUCAAUGCCGGCGAUAAGGUAAAGCGCAUCGUGAACCAUCUCUUCAAUCAGGGUUCAUUUUAUCCUUUACACCCGUCAGCCUGUGACGAAGUAAGCUUUGAUAGCUUUUUAGCAGCCAGAUAUGCAAAAAUCGAACAAAUUCCAAACAUACUAAUAUUGCCGAGUGAUCAAAAGUGUUUCAUAAGGGUUGUAAACGAUUGUUUGGCUAUUAACCCCGGACGUUUGGCCGAUAGUAAUGGCGGUACAUUCGCACGUUUCGUUAUAACGCCGCCAGCAACUAAGGAGGAGACAAACAUAUACAACUUUGUUGCCUGCCAAAUACGCAAGGUUUAGAGCCUUUUCUAAAUAAUUUUAAAAUAGUUUAGUAUUUCCACUAAAAAUGCAAAUUUUACUUUGUCACAUAUAUAAUUUGUUGUAAUACAAAACAGCAAUCUUCAUUAAAUGU